AUGGGUGUGGCCACGUGCACUAUCAUGUGCGGGCGCAUGCUUUUGGCACAUGACAAAAAGGUGAACUUCACAGUAGACCAGAUCCGGGCCAUCAUGGAUAAAAAGGCCAACAUCCGGAACAUGUCAGUGAUUGCCCACGUGGAUCAUGGAAAAUCCACUCUCACCGACUCGCUGGUAUGCAAAGCUGGGAUCAUCGCCUCGUCCCGUGCUGGAGAGACCCGUUUCACCGACACGAGGAAAGACGAGCAAGAGAGAUGCAUUACCAUCAAGUCGACGGCCAUUUCCCUCUUCUACGAGCUCUCAGAGCACGACUUGGCCUUCAUCAAGCAAAGCAAAGAUGGCUGCGGGUUCCUGAUCAACCUAAUUGAUUCCCCUGGCCACGUGGAUUUUUCUUCAGAAGUUACAGCCGCCCUACGGGUCACCGACGGUGCCUUGGUUGUUGUGGAUUGUGUUUCCGGGGUGUGCGUCCAGACCGAGACUGUCCUGCGCCAGGCUAUCGCUGAGAGGAUCAAGCCCGUCCUGAUGAUGAACAAGAUGGACAGGGCCCUGCUGGAGCUGCAACUGCAGCCCGAGGAGCUCUACCAGACCUUCCAGCGCAUUGUGGAAAACGUCAACGUCAUCAUCUCCACCUACGGGGAAGGCGAGACCGGCCCUAUGGGCAACAUCAUGAUCGAUCCAGUCCUUGGCACGGUUGGGUUUGGCUCCGGCCUGCAUGGCUGGGCUUUUACACUGAAACAGUUUGCCGAGAUGUACGUGGCCAAGUUUGCAGCCAAAGGCGAAGGGCAGCUGAACGCCACCGAACGUUGCAAAAAGGUGGACGACAUGAUGAAGAAACUCUGGGGUGACAGGUAUUUUGACCCGGCGACUGGCAAGUUCAGCAAGUCUGCAACCAACCCCGAUGGAAAGAAACUGCCAAGGACUUUCUGCCAGCUGAUCCUAGACCCCAUCUUCAAGGUAUUUGAUGCAAUCAUGAACUUCAAGAAGGACGAAACGGCCAAGUUGAUUGAGAAGCUGGACAUUAAGCUGGACAGCGAGGACAAAGGAAAGGAAGGCAAGCCUCUGCUGAAGGCUGUGAUGAGACGCUGGCUCCCUGCAGGAGAAGCUUUGCUGCAAAUGAUCACCAUCCACCUGCCUUCUCCGGUCACCGCACAGAAAUACCGCUGUGAGCUGCUCUAUGAAGGCCCUCCCGAUGAUGAAGCUGCCAUGGGCAUUAAGAAUUGUGACCCCAAAGGACCCCUGAUGAUGUACAUCUCCAAGAUGGUACCCACCUCUGACAAGGGCCGUUUCUACGCCUUUGGCCGGGUGUUCUCAGGAGUUGUGUCCACUGGGCUCAAGUGCAGAAUCAUGGGACCAAACUACACCCCGGGAAAGAAAGAGGAUCUCUACCUGAAGCCAAUCCAGAGAACCAUCCUCAUGAUGGGCCGCUACGUGGAGCCCAUUGAAGACGUGCCUUGCGGUAACAUCGUCGGCCUGGUUGGCGUCGACCAGUACCUGGUCAAGACGGGCACCAUCACCACCUUUGAACACGCCCACAACAUGCGCGUUAUGAAGUUCAGCGUCAGCCCUGUCGUGCGUGUGGCUGUGGAGGCCAAGAACCCGGCUGACCUGCCCAAACUGGUCGAAGGCUUGAAGAGAUUGGCCAAGUCUGACCCCAUGGUGCAGUGUAUCAUUGAGGAAUCUGGAGAGCACAUCAUAGCCGGAGCCGGAGAACUGCAUCUGGAGAUCUGCCUGAAGGAUCUGGAGGAGGAUCAUGCCUGCAUUCCCAUCAAGAAAUCCGAUCCAGUCGUGUCUUACCGGGAGACUGUUAGCGAGGAAUCGGGAACGUUGUGCCUUUCCAAAUCGCCCAACAAACACAACCGCCUGUACAUGAAAGCCCGCCCCUUCCCAGAUGGCCUGGCCGAAGACAUCGACAAGGGGGAUGUCUCAUCCCGCCAGGAGCUGAAGCAGCGGGCCAGAUACCUGGCUGAGAAGUACGAAUGGGACGUGGCUGAAGCCCGUAAGAUCUGGUGCUUCGGCCCAGACGGCACUGGUCCCAACAUCCUGACCGAUAUCACCAAGGGGGUGCAGUACCUCAACGAGAUCAAGGACAGCGUGGUGGCCGGCUUCCAGUGGGCCACAAAGGAGGGAGCCCUCUGCGAGGAGAACCUGCGAGGAGUCCGCUUUGAUGUGCAUGACGUCACCCUGCACGCUGAUGCCAUCCACCGCGGCGGCGGCCAGAUCAUCCCCACAGCCCGGCGGUGCCUCUAUGCCUGCAUGCUGACAGCUCAGCCCCGCCUCAUGGAGCCAAUCUAUCUGGUGGAGAUCCAGUGCCCUGAACAAGUAGUGGGCGGCAUUUAUGGCGUGCUGAACAGGAAACGAGGCCACGUCUUUGAAGAGUCCCAGGUGGCUGGAACCCCCAUGUUCGUGGUCAAGGCCUACCUGCCUGUCAACGAAUCUUUUGGUUUCACAGCCGACUUGAGAUCCAACACCGGAGGCCAAGCUUUCCCGCAGUGCGUGUUUGACCACUGGCAGAUUCUCCCCGGGGAUCCCUUUGACAGCGCCAGCCGUCCUUGUCAAGUGGUCAGCGAGACACGGAAACGCAAAGGGUUGAAAGAAGGCAUCCCCGCGCUCGAUAACUUCCUGGAUAAGUUGUAAACCGGUCGAAUGAAAUAGUAGCGCACCAGAUCUUGGAAAAAAAAAGAAUAAAUUUUAAAAAUGGCUGUUGUGGGACUCGAAAUGAACUUUUAACUAGUGUAAAAAAAAAAAAAAAAAAA